GGCACUGACUGGCAGCACUGCUGGGCUGCACUGAUGGGUGGCACUGGUGGGCACAGGAGGGUGGCACUGGUGGGCACAGGCAGGGGCGGACUGACAACUCAUGGGGCCCCCGGGCAAUAGGGGAUCACGGGGCCCCUGUAUCCUUGCCAAAACUCAAAACAAGCCUAUGAAAAAGGUACCAGGGGCAUCUCAUGGGGCCCCCUACUGACCCCGGGCCCUCGGGCGGUGCCCGAGUUCCCAAAUUGUCAGUCCGCCCCUGGG